AUGGCGGCGGGGGAGACGGUGAAGGUUGCACCGGGUUCCUCCGGGCGCUAGUCCGCCGUCCCCCCCCGUCCCCCAGUACCCCGGCGGCCGGCCCAUGGCCUGGCGGAGGCCCGGACCAUGGACCUGCACACCGCCGUGUACAACGCCGCCCGCGACGGCAAGCUGCAGCUGCUUCAGAAGCUGCUCAGCGGGCGGAGCCGGGAGGAGCUGGAAGAGCUGACGGGCGAGGUGGCCAGCGGGGGGACGCCACUGCUCAUCGCCGCCCGUUACGGCCACUUGGACGUGGUCGAGUACCUGGUGGACCGGUGCGGCGCGAGCGUGGAGGCGGGCGGCUCGGUGCACUUCGAUGGCGAGACCAUCGAGGGUGCUCCGCCGCUGUGGGCCGCCUCGGCCGCCGGCCACCUGGACGUGGUGCGGAGCCUGCUGCGCCGCGGGGCCUCGGUGAACCGCACCACGCGCACCAACUCGACGCCCCUGCGCGCCGCCUGCUUCGACGGGCACCUGGAGGUGGUGCGCUACUUGGUGGGCGAGCACCAGGCCGACCUGGAGGUGGCCAACCGGCACGGGCACACGUGCCUCAUGAUCUCCUGUUACAAGGGUCACCGCGAGAUCGCCCGCUACCUGCUGGAGCAGGGCGCCCAGGUGAACCGGCGCAGCGCCAAAGGCAACACGGCCCUGCACGACUGCGCCGAGUCCGGCAGCCUGGAGAUCCUGCAGCUGCUGCUCGGGUGCAACGCCCGCAUGGAACGGGACGGCUACGGCAUGACCCCGCUGCUGGCGGCCAGCGUGACGGGCCACACCAACAUCGUGGAGUACCUCAUCCAGGAGCAGCCCGCUGGGGAGGAGGCGAGGCCAGGGCUGGCCCGAGAAGGCCCCUCCUCCAGCCCGGCGUGCGCGCAGCCCCAGGGCGCCCGCUGCGGCAGCUCCUCCCCAGAGGAAUCCCUGAGCGGGGAAUCGUACGAGAGCUGCUGCCCCACCAGCCGGGAAGCCGCCGUGGAAGCCUUGGAGUUGCUGGGAGCCACCUACGUGGAUAAGAAGCGAGAUCUGCUCGGGGCCCUGAAACACUGGAGACGGGCCAUGGAGCUUCGUCACCAGGGGGGCGCGUAUCUGCCCAAACCCGAGCCCCCGCAGCUGGUCCUCGCCUAUGACUAUUCCAGGGAGGUGAACACCGCCGAGGAAUUGGAGGCGCUCAUCACCGACCCGGAUGAGAUGCGCAUGCAGGCCCUGUUGAUCCGAGAGCGCAUCCUGGGUCCCUCCCACCCGGACACUUCCUACUAUAUUCGGUACCGGGGCGCGGUGUACGCCGACUCAGGCAACUUCGAGCGCUGCAUCCGCUUGUGGAAGUACGCUCUAGACAUGCAGCAGAACAACCUCGAGCCUCUGAGCCCCAUGACCGCCAGCAGCUUCCUCUCCUUUGCCGAACUUUUCUCCUACGUGCUCCAGGACCGUUCGGCCAAGGGCAGCCUGGGCACGCCAGUCGGCUUUGCAGACCUCAUGGGGGUGCUGUGCAAAGGAGUCCGGGAAGUGGAGCGGGCCCUGCAGCUGCCCAAGGAGCCCGGGGACUCGGCCCAGUUCACCAAGGCCCUGGCCAUCAUCCUCCACCUGCUCUACCUGCUGGAGAAAGUGGAGUGCACGCCUGACCAGGAGCACCUGAAGCACCAGAAGGUCUACCGGCUGCUCAAGUGCGCCCCCCGCGGCAAGAACGGCUUCACCCCUCUGCACAUGGCCGUGGACGCGGAGACCACGAACGUGGGCCGCUACCCGGUGGGCAGGUUCCCCUCCCUCCAGGUGGUCAAGGUGCUGCUCGACUGCGGGGCCGACCCAGACAGCCGGGACUUUGACAACAACACCCCGCUGCACAUCGCGGCGCAGAACAACUGCCCGGGGAUCAUGAACGCCCUGAUCGAGGCGGGGGCCCACAUGGACGCCACCAACGCCUUCAAGAAGACGGCCUACGAGCUGCUGGACGAGAAGCUGCUAGCCAAGAGCACCAUUCAGCCUUUCAACUACGUGACCCUGCAGUGCCUUGCGGCCCGCGCCCUGGACAAGAACAAGAUCCCCUACAAGGGCUUCAUCCCCGAGGAGCUGGAGGCUUUCAUCGAGCUGCACUGACAGGGCGCAGAGGAGAACCCGGGAGGGGCGGGGCCCGCACCUGUCCCCGCCCCCGCAGGGGAGCACUUCCGGUGGCUGGAAUGGGGGAAGGGCUCUCCCGCCUCCACGGCCCCCUCCCCUCCGCAGGGAGAGGGGAAAGGAGUCAGCGAGCUGUCGGUGCUAGAAGCCUUCAGGAUCACGCGCUAGGAGAACGGACUUUCUCGAGGAGCCCGCGCGCGCGCCCAUCCUCAACAGGGAGAAGACGCUCAACCAACCUCCCGCACGUCCUGUCUGCCUGGGUUUCUGAGGGUCUUAGGGUCUGCCUUCUGACCCGGAGGCAGAGGGAUUGAAGCCCUCGCCAUCCCCCCCUGCUAGAAACGCAAGAAGAGACGGAGAGUCGGGUCCGGCCUCUGCCCCUUACGUGGCCGGAUAGACCCAGCCGGCCAGUGCAGUGUUAGGACUGGGGGUCCCCGGGCGGGGGGAGUAGGAGACUUGCCCCCUACAGCACGUUUGCACCCGCUCCCUCCGCCCUGCUGUGGGCCGGGCGCUCUGCCUGGGCGGCCUGCCGUUUGCGUAGCUUUUGUGGUUUGGUGUUCCGUUUACGUACCAAGCGGGCAGGUUACAGCUGUGCCUCAGCAGUCCUGAGGUUUUGCUGCCAUAUACUUUUUUUUUUUUUUUUUUAAGAUUUUGGUUUGUCGGGCUCGCUAAAUUCACUUGACGCAGCGAGGGUUUUGUCGUGCCCGAGACGGCCACGCCACGGCCGGCAAGAGUGAGCUUCGUUGGGUGAAGAGUUGACGGAGGGAGGGGCCAUCCCGGCCUAUCAGUCCCCAAAACGAGGGUGCCGGUACCUUUCUGAACACUUCACUCGUUUGCCUUUUACUUGGGCCGCCCGACUUCCCGUUCACACUAGAAGGAGAAGUAAUUUUCCAAACGAGGAGCCGGCCAAACACUGAAGGAGCCGGGCUUGCCGGCCGCUUCCCACCCAGCAAGAGCUAGCGUGGUUGGUUUGGGCUUUGGUUUUCACGAUUUCCAAGUUAAAACUGCAGGUCACUUCUGCCUCACAAAUCACACUGGAGGGCACAGGUGUGUGGCGAGCAAGCCAAGUGGCUGUAGCCAUUUUUUAGCUGCUUGGGGAACUGGAUCCAGGUGACCCUGAGACAACGCCAAGUACACUGUUAACCCACUAAGUCAGCUAGGUGAGACGGUGGAUGUCGGGAAUGGGUUGCCAACUAAGGUGGUACAAAGUCUUGGUCUCCCAUCCUUCGGGGGGUCCAGCGCUCCUGCCAGAGAACCCGCCCCAGCGAGAUUCCCUCGGGGGCAUCCUCUAUCCGCCCCGCCGCCAGCAGGAGAGUGAUCUUGGCAUGCUGGGAGGGCAGAAGGGGACGGGAGCAACCGCCCGCCGGCUCAGGAGAGCGGUCGUUGCCACCCCGCGCCUCUCCCGCAGCCUUGUCGAGGGGCAGCUGCACGGAAGCCUCCAGAAGCCACAUCGGGUCCCUGGAUGUCCCGCCCCACUGAGGGACCUAGGUCUCGUUUGGAUUUGCAGUGUUAGUUAGGACAUUCUUUCUUUACAAGGAAAGACCAGGUUUCGCCUUCCGUCAAGGCGGGAAAUGCUGUCACUGUCCCUCCCAAAGGCCGGAAUAAAGAAACGAGGCAGUGUC